AAUCCAAGGUCUCCAGGCUGAACAAAAGUUGCUGGAAGUGACUGGCAGCAGUGUUAGUGCUGCAGGAGCUAGAACAGGGUGAAGAGCAGUAGUAUCACUGAAACUGAUAGGAAACAUUAAAGUGAGAGCGAGCAAACAGAGAAAAUGAAAUCUUGGCUACUAGGGUUGUUCCUGCUGACAAACACUGACUUAUACACUACUCACAGUGUAGUCGAGGGGUUGGAAUCAAUGCAGAAUUAUGACUACACCAAAUAUCACCCCAUGGAUGAGAUAUACAGGUGGAUGGAGGAUGUAGAGAGAGCGAACCCAGAGCUGAUCUCCUCCGCUGUUUAUGGAUACACCUAUGAAGGAAGAAAUAUUACACUGCUGAAGUUGGGGCUAAAUGACACUGCAGGCAGUGAGAAGAAGGUUAUAUGGAUGGACUGUGGCAUCCAUGCACGAGAGUGGAUCGCUCCUGCGUUCUGUCAGUGGUUUGUCAAAGAGAUUGUGAACUCAUAUAAAACCAAUAAGAAGCUGGGGCAGAUGCUGCAGAACCUCGACAUCUAUGUUACCCCUGUGAUCAAUGUGGAUGGAUAUAUCUUCACCUGGGCCAACAACAGCACCCGUCUGUGGAGAAAGUCUCGUUCCCUGCCUCCUCCAGACAGUACCUGCUAUGGUGUUGACCUCAACAGAAAUUUUAAGGCCAACUGGGGCACGAUUGGUGUGUCAUUUGACAGCUGUGAAAACACCUACUGUGGGAAGUCGGCAGGAUCAGAGCCAGAGGCCCAAGCAGUGAUGGACUUUGUUGGUACGAUGGUUAAUCAGACUCUUUGCUUCCUCACCAUCCACUCUGCUGGGCAACUUAUCCUCCUGCCAUAUGGCCACCCUGAGAUUUCAGCACCCAACUACAAUGAACUGGUUUCAGUGGGCCAGGCAGCAGCAGUAGAAAUGAAGAAGGUUCAUGGAAUGAAUUACACUGUAGGAACAUCCCCACAAAUUCUCUAUCCGAACUCAGGUUCAAGUCGUGACUGGGCUCGUCUCAUCGGCAUCCCAUUCUCCUACACCUUUGAGCUGAGAGACAAAGGUGAAUUCGGCCACUUGCUACCAGAGGAUCACAUCCAGCCAGCCUGCGAGGAGGCCUACGUAGGAGCUCUCUCUAUCAUCACAUAUGUUCACGAUAAGGCUUUCAAGAACGGUGCUGUCACCACGGUAAAGCACUUCACCUUGGCUUCUGGGUUUACCAUGACGAUUUGGAGCACUAUCGUGGCAGUGUUUGUCACUACAGGGUUCAUGGUAUAAAACAGUGAAAAGGUCGGAUGAGCAGUUUGUGGGUAAAGAGAAAUAAUCUAAGUUCUGGUGAUAGCAAAUCUCUCCCAGAAAAGCCAAAAUGUCUGUCUUUUUUUUUUUUAAAGAGGUCUUGAAUUUGAGAAGACUGAAUAGCUUACUUUAAAAAAGAUGAGUACUCAAGAAUGCAAGAUACCGUCGCUUAGGAGAGAAACACUAAAUUCAUCAAAUACACAGUCUGUCAUGUAUUUUAUAUUCCUGUUGGGUUCAUUAAUGACAUAUAUAGCAAAUAAAGUUUUCUUAAAUGCUGAAACUGCUUCAUUAUGAUAUUACUCAUGAAGCAUUUUGAUUUUAAUGAAAGGAUACAAGAUGCAAAUAAACUGUCAUUUUCCGA